GCCGCGGCCGCCGCUGCGGGAGGGUUGGGGGAGGAGUUGGGAGUUUAGCGCAGACGCCGGAGUGCCAGGACAACGACCAUCCGGCCCUAGCCUGGCCGGGCGGGAGCCGGGAGCUUCCCUUUCUCAGAGCGGUCCGAAGGUGGCUCGCCGUCAGCGCCUGCUUCCGUCGACCUCGUCCUCCUCCCCGCUCCGGAGGAGCUGCGAGAUGUGGCGCCUCUGACUCCGCUUCUCCCCGCCCCUGUCACCGAGAGGGGGAACGAGCUCUCGCCCACUCGCCGGAGGAGACGGCCCUGGACUCCCAACCCCGCCGGCGAAACCAUGAGCUCCGUCCAGCAGCAGCCGCCGCCGCCGCGGAGGGUCACCAACGUGGGGUCCCUGCUGCUCACCCCGCAGGAGAACGAGUCCCUCUUCACUUUCCUCGGCAAGAAAUGUGUGACUAUGUCUUCAGCAGUGGUGCAGUUAUAUGCAGCAGAUCGGAACUGUAUGUGGUCAAAGAAGUGCAGUGGUGUUGCUUGUCUUGUUAAGGACAAUCCACAGAGAUCUUAUUUUUUAAGAAUAUUUGACAUUAAGGAUGGGAAACUAUUGUGGGAACAAGAGCUAUACAAUAACUUUGUAUAUAAUAGUCCUAGAGGAUAUUUUCAUACCUUUGCUGGAGAUACUUGUCAAGUUGCUCUUAAUUUUGCCAAUGAAGAAGAAGCAAAAAAAUUCCGAAAAGCAGUUACAGACCUGUUGGGCCGUCGACAAAGGAAAUCUGAGAAAAGACGAGAUCCCCCAAAUGGUCCUAAUCUACCCAUGGCUACAGUUGAUAUAAAAAAUCCAGAAAUCACAACAAAUAGAUUUUAUGGUCCACAAGUCAACAACAUCUCCCAUACCAAAGAAAAGAAGAAAGGAAAAGCUAAAAAGAAGAGAUUAACCAAGGCAGAUAUAGGAACACCAAGCAAUUUCCAGCACAUUGGACAUGUUGGUUGGGAUCCAAAUACAGGCUUUGAUCUGAAUAAUUUGGAUCCAGAAUUGAAGAAUCUUUUCGAUAUGUGUGGAAUCUCAGAGGCACAACUUAAAGACAGAGAAACAUCAAAAGUUAUAUAUGACUUUAUUGAAAAAACAGGAGGUGUUGAAGCUGUUAAAAAUGAACUGCGAAGGCAAGCACCACCACCUCCACCACCAUCAAGGGGAGGGCCACCUCCUCCUCCUCCCCCUCCACACAACUCAGGUCCUCCUCCUCCUCCUGCCAGGGGAAGAGGCGCUCCUCCCCCACCACCUUCAAGAGCUCCCACAGCUGCACCUCCACCACCGCCUCCUUCCAGGCCAAGUGUAGCAGUCCCUCCACCACCACCAAAUAGGAUGUACCCUCCUCCACCUCCAGCCCUUCCCUCCUCAGCACCUUCAGGGCCUCCACCACCACCUCCAUCUGUGUUGGGGGUAGGGCCAGUGGCACCACCCCCACCGCCUCCACCUCCACCUCCACCUGGGCCACCGCCCCCCGCUGGCCUGCCUUCUGAUGGGGACCAUCAGGUUCCAACUACUGCAGGAAACAAAGCAGCUCUUUUAGAUCAAAUUAGAGAGGGUGCUCAGCUAAAAAAAGUGGAGCAGAACAGUCGGCCAGUGUCCUGCUCUGGACGAGAUGCACUGUUAGACCAGAUACGACAGGGUAUCCAACUAAAGUCUGUGUCUGAUGGCCAAGAGUCUACACCACCAACACCUGCACCCACUUCAGGAAUUGUGGGUGCAUUAAUGGAAGUGAUGCAGAAAAGGAGCAAAGCCAUUCAUUCUUCAGAUGAAGAUGAAGAUGAAGAUGAUGAAGAAGAUUUUGAGGAUGAUGAUGAGUGGGAAGACUGAUCUAUAUAUUAUAUAUAUAUAUUUUUAAGGUGAAAUACUAAACACUACUUUCUGUCUGUGGAUUCUGUAAAAUCAUGUAAAUGUUCUACCAAUUUGCUGUAUAUUUUUGUUGCCUUUUUUGCUUUUUUUUAAUCUGUGCAAUACCUCAUUUAAUCUGUAAAGGUUUGUCGUAAUCCUCUACAAAGCUACUCCCUGUUAUUGUGUGCAAGUUUACACCAGGAUGCUCACUUGAUUUGUGAAUAUUUUUCAUUCCAUCAACAAGGGAGUUUAAAUACUAUAUGUGAGACUGACAAAAACCUUAAUGUAAUUUACUUAUAAUGCCAGAAGGAAAACACUAUUUUCAUACCCUACUUUUUCUGUACCUAAAUUUUCUUAAAAAGAAAUCUAGUAUAGCACUACAUUCUUUUUUAAGUGAUGCAAACCUUAGUUUCUUUAGCCCCUUUAUUUUGAAUACAAUGCUACAUAUGAAUGUUGAAGCUGAUACAUUGCACAGUUCUGUAGACAUCACUACACCCGAUGCAGUUUCUCAAAUUUUAGCAAUAUGCUCUACAUAAAAUCACUACAGAGAUACUAGUGGGGAAGACGAGUAACACACCUCUUACAGUAAUACUGCCUGUUAUUGGUAUAGCAGUGGUAUUUGCAGACUGGGAUCAUAAGGAGCCCUUGUAUACUUGUUAUUGACUGAGGUUAUUUUUAUGCUGUAGCAAAUGUGACAGGCUCUUUUUAGCAAAACUUUUGAAAAUUUUUUUGGUAUUACUCUGAAACAAAAUUUAAGUUGGAGUUUCGGGGAUUUAGGGAGUAGUUUUCAUUCUACAUGAACUGAAGUAAUAUUAUGGUAACUCCAAUAUUUGGUUAAAAAAACUAUACAAAUCAGAAUAGUACUAAAAUACUGUAGAAUUUUAGGAUUUUUAUUUUGCACUUUGUGUGGAUUGAGGUGUUCUGAAAUACCAACCAUAAAAAUGUAAUCGAGUUGGCAAAGGUAUGCGCUGAGACACGGAACCGAACAUGCAUUGAUUUGGAUAACUUUUGAGGGUUUUUGUCAAAUAGCAUGUGAAGGGUUACAUUUUUUUUAAAAGAUUGGUGGUCCCAAUGUCAAAUUUCUUGGAACACAUAACUGAAUGAUAGAUUUUUUUUUUUUAAGAUAAAACUUUACAACCUGCACAUUUGUUAUGCAUACUAAAUGGUGUGUUAAAAUUAGGGUUUCUUUGCCUCUCUACAGUACACUAAUCUGCCUAAAGGUGGUUGUUUCAUAUUUAUAAUGCUAAUUAUCAUACCUACCUACUUUAAAUUUUAGGUAGAAAAUUAUCUGAUUUAAAUACAGACAUAUUUUUCUCACAUUGAGUCAUAUGCAUAAUGUAGUUCCAAAUGUAUUUCAUUACUAUAGUCACAAUAUCCAACUAAAAAUUACGCUAUCUAGAAUUGUACCGACCAAAAUCUCGUAUUGGCAGAUCUUGACAGGCUGGACCUGCAAGAUGUGGCUUGAAUUUAACCAUUUAUUACAUAAUCUCUAGUGAUCAUGCAUCUAGUUAUCAUAAGAAAUAAUUUAAAAGGUUUUGUUGCUGAAAGCAGUAAGUGGUGCAGUAAAAUACUUAAGUUAUUCAAAGAAUGUUAUCUUUCUUGCAAGAGUAAUUUAAGCACAUGGGAAAGAGUCUAGACUUUUUGUUUCUUGCAACAACAGUGCCCUCUGCUGCUAGAAACCUUUUUCUACUUACUAUCAUUUUUAUUGUGGCUUGAGCUCAGUCAAUCUGGUGCAGAUGAGGCUGGACAACUACUAACCAAUAAAAUCAGGAGUUUGUACAAAAGUUAAAUGGGACAUUAUAAUUAAGUAAUGUUAAUUGAAAAAUUUUUUUCUUUUUGACAAUAUAAAAAUUUUUAAUUUCCUAGAAAUGUCUUCAAGGUAAUGCCAAUUUAAGAUCUCUCUUAACUUUUGGCCAAGAAAUUCUAGAUUUUCCAGCUGACUUUGGUAUAAUAUAUAUUUACAGGAACUUCUCUCAGCAGAGAGUACCCAUUCUUCGAGUUCAAAGCACAAUUUUAAACAUGUAAAAUGGAUGUAUAAUUUGCCAAAGGUAAUUGGUUUAUUCUUUUUUUCUUAAAGAAAAAAAGACAUUGGUUGUUGUUGCAAAAAGUCUAAAUUACUAUUUGUUGAAACACAGCAGCUGUGGAGUUCAGUCCAGGCAUGAAGAGUAAAUCUGCUUUACCAAGUAAGGUGUAAGGUUGCAUGUUUCAGUCCUCUACCAUCCUGCACCGUGAGCAGCACUAUACCUGUGCGUUGUCUGAAAGCCUUCCGUAUAUUCUCCAGCUAAGUGGUCGUCUGGUAGCCUUUGCAUUUAACAAACUAGCAUGAGGCUUUUUAUAUCUAAAUGCUACGUGAUAGACAAUUUCAGCUAGCCACAUAUUGUAUGUAUGAGAUUCAUAAAGACUUUCAAUCAUUUCAUUUUCAAACAACUGAAAUUUUGUUUAGUAUGUGAAUUCUUUUUUUGAAAUGUAUAGUGAAUAGGAUGUUGCACUGGUGGCAAUUCAUCAUGGAGCAUAAUAAAAUUAAUUCGACCCAAAUAG